CUUAAGAUGGCUGCCUCCAUGAGAUUCGCGUGCCGCUUCGACACCGGGAAGUCUACUUAGAACAGAGUUUUCACCCCACCCACCUACUUUAAGGAGUUUAUAAAGCGGGAGUAGUGCUAAUUCUCCUCCGUGGUAGGACGAAGAAGAUUCAAAGAAGGAGCGGGGCAGAAACGUAAGGCGCGCAUAAAUACGAGCGGAGAGAAGCAAAACUACCGGUAGUAAGAGGCUGGAAGACUUGGAGUCGGACUUGAUACCGAUGAUCAAGCCUGUAGUGGGUCCUGCUUGUCUGUUGUACAGAUACAUUUCGGGGACGGACAAGUGGCAGCAAGAGCCGCGUGGAAGUGAUGAUGCGCCCCGCGUUGCUGUCACCUUGUGUUAAAAGUUGCUCCCGGGUACUUGUCCCGUUCUGGGCUGAAGGAUGUGGAAAGCCCAGGCAGCGGCGAUGCCUCUUCUCCAGUUCUCCCUCGCUUUCUUCGGCUUCCUAUUGGAGCAAAGUGGUUUCGGAGGCCGAGAAAAUUGUGGGCUACCCGACCUCUUUCAUGAGCCUCCGGUGCCUCUUGAGCGACGAGCUGAGCAACAUCGCCAUGCAGAUGCGCAAAUUGGUGGGAACCAACCACCCAUUGCUUAACACGGCCAGGGGCUUUAUAUCUGACACCAGGAACAAUUUGCAGAUGAGAGGUCUCGUGGUUUUACUUGUGUCUAAGGCUGCUGGCCCCAACUUGUCAACAGAAGACUCUAUUCAGAAUGAUAUUGUCAGUGGGAUAUAUUCCAGCCAACGAACUCUUGCAGAGAUCACAGAGUUGAUCCACACAGCUUUCCUUGUGCAUCGUGGAAUAGUAAACAUUAGUGAACUGACAUCCUCAGAUGGAGCAUUGAAAGAUAUGCAAUUUGGAAAUAAAAUGGCUGUCCUGAGUGGUGAUUUUCUUCUAGCGAAUGCCUGCACAAGUCUUGCUCGGCUGCAAAAUACUAAGGUGGUAGAGAUAAUGUCAAGUGCUAUUGGCGACUUAAUACAAGGAAUAUAUUACGAAAAUUCAAGCUUGGGAAAGGAAAACAUUCUCACAGACGACAUCAGAAUAUCAGAUUGGAAAGAGAAGGUUUUCCAAUCUCAUUGUGUUUUGCUGGCAAAAAGCUGCAAGGCUGCAAUGGAGCUGGCAAAGCAUGCUGUGGGGAUUCAGAAGAUGGCGUUUAAGUAUGGAAAGCACAUGUCUAUGUGUCACAAGCUAAAUGCUGAUAUUCAGCCGUUUAUUGAUGGAAAUUCAAAUGAGUCCCUGCCAUUUAACUUAAAUUCUGCUCCUGUAGUAUUCCAUCAAGAGUUUGUUGGAAGAGAAGUCUGGAUGAAGCAAAUUAAAGAGACUCAGGGCAAAGAAGAUUUAAUAGACUAUAGCAAGUUGCAGGAUGCAAUCAAGGCUAGCAAAGGUGUGACUUCAGCUAUUGACCUAUGUCGUUGCCAUGGAAACAGCGCACUGGAAGCUCUAGAAUGUUUCCCUCCCUCUGAGGCCAGAUCUGCCUUAGAAAACAUUGUUUACGCUGUGACAAGAUUUUCAUAAUGUAGAAUUGGAUGGGGGGAGGAACUGCUGUUCAUUUGUGGAAACAGGACGAACAGAACAGGUGAUUGCAAAAGUCAGCUCUGCCAUUGCUAAGGAUCCAAAUGCAUUUGUGGCUUUUUUUUUUAAAAAAAAGUGUUUCUGUUCCAUUCACUACAUUCCCAGAUGAACACGUCUCCUUCGGAACUGCUGCAAACAAAAUUAGGAAAAAAAGGUCAAACAGAUUUCAGUUGUCAUGCCAGAAGCACACUUGAGGCUGCACUGGUAGAAAUAAUUAAUGACACAAGCUUCUGUGACCUCAGCAAAUGGACAGGAAAUAAGUCCUUAUUGAUUGGACAUAGUCAGGGAUGGCGCCAGCAUGGUGGCCUGUGGUUUUCCUGCAGAAAAGAAGACAGAGGGGGCCAUGAAGCUGCAGGUGUUGGGAGCACUGGUUUUUAAGAACGUUUUUAAGCGGGGUGCUUAAAAGUAGAAUUAAUGUAGCAAUUUAUCAACACAAAAAGCAGCUUGAUGAAUUGGCAGAAAGGAACGGAUUUUUUUAUCGAACUACAUGAAAUGUUUCUGUAGCACUUUCUGUGCGCAGAAAUAACCUUGUAACUAUUCACGUUUAAACAGGUUGCUAAAAGAGUGGUGUAGGUAUGGAAAAUGUUUACUGUAAUGUUGAAUUGUUUGUGAAAUUCUGUUCUGUUUGUAUAAUUCUGAUUAAAAAAUGGAGCUUUAAACCGCGUUUGCUUUUUCUGUAUGGUACAAAAACAAAUACUGUGUUUUCUUACAUUUACCAAGAAUAUUUUCUCCGUUUCCAUUUUUGACAAAUGUUAAAUCAAUGUCUACUUCAAUUCCCUAUCAUAAAGGAUUAAGUGAUAGUUCUUCCUCUCUUCCCUCCAUACAGGAUUUCAUUCCCUGAAUGGAUGUGUAAGAAGUGUUUUAACCUUACUGUGUCAAAUGUUAAAGUCCAAUUACAGAGAGAAUACAUGGUAUAUCAGAAGCCUGCAAUCAGACACUGUCUCUAUUUUGUUCAUAGGAGAUGAUUUUUGUGGUUUGCAUGCUUGCAAUCUGAGAACAUCGUUGACAAGAAGGCUGAGUUUACAUAAAUGAUCCAGAUUGAGACUCAGCUACCUUUCUUCCUUGUGUGGUGUAAUUACAGCCCAAUCUGGAGACAGCUAGCACAGCAAACAGAUUUCAUUACAUUGCUCUUUCAAACACUAAGUGGAGUUAUUUUAGUUAAUUUUUUUUCUCUGUGUCUCUCCAGUGAUGUGUCAUACACCUUCUGCAUAACGGCAAAUAUUUCACCAACAGAAACAUUAUUUUUUUAAAGUUGAAUAUUUAGUUUCACUCAUGAAAUACACACGAGGAAUUAAUGCAUUUUCAAACUUUGACUAGACUUUUAUUACUUAUUUCCAAAAAUAUUAUAACACUUUUAAUAUUGUGUAAUUAUAUGAAUAAAUCAAACUAUUUCAGUCCUAAGCAGCAUUCAGUUUUGAAGGAUGGAUGGAUGGAGAGAUAGAUAGCAAUUCUUUGGUUUCAAAUAUUGUUUAUCAUUAAGGGUUACUUUUAAAAAUUAGCACAUGUAACAUAAUAAUUUGAAAUUUACAUUAUCAACAUUAGACUACAUAUGCCACCAAUUUAAUCUUAUAGAAGUCUUUGUAAUAAAUAUGUAAAAAUACCCACAAAAAGGGAAACACAGAAAUAAUACAGCUAAAUUAUUAAGAUAUUCAGAUUUUGAUGAAAGUAGAUGGGAAACUGCACGGCUGCAAAAUUGUCAGAAUUUUUAACAACUUCCAUUUUUAUUUAAGAAUAUUAUCUUCUUAGCCUAAGAAUUGGUCUUGAUCUAUGGGGGAUUUUUUGAUUAUAGAUACUUCCAUGUUUAUAUCUGGUAAGAUACACAAGGGACCUUAGGAGAAAGUUAUGUCAUGUGAACAGAAAUCUUCUCUUGCAAUCUUAAUUUUUCUACACUUUCAGGAAUCUGAAAAUAGGAGCAUUUGGUAUCAUUGUGUGGUAUUUACAAUUUU